AUGCGAAGUGUUUGCUCCGCCAGUAUCGUUGGCCUGUUGGCUGUCGGUACUCUUACGACGGCAUUGACUCUUCCCAAAGGCAACGGGGCCUACGAAACAACCUUUUCUGAAUUCGAGCUCGUCGAUCAUGCUCGCAAGGAGCGAUUCGACAGUUCUUCGCCCAGAAGACUCAUGCUAUCUCGCUUCGAUCCUAUAUCUCCUGCUGCUUGUCUCACACGCUACAAGAAGUCCUACAUGUCCCCGAUCUACAGUACGGCAUUUGAAGCUGUCGUUGCACAGCUAAACAUUACUCUACCUCGUGGUUUCUUCACACAGCUUGAUUUGGACCUAUGUAAACUGGGAUCCAACACAACACUCCCAUCAGUCUUGGCUCCAGAUGCUCCCCCCUUGGUCAUCUUCAGUCCUGGAAACGCUGGCACCCGGCUUCUUUAUUCAGCGCUUGCGCAAGAGCUUGCAUCUCGCGGUUCCACUGUCAUAGCUAUCGACCACACCUACAACGCAGCGGUUGUCGAGUUCCCGAACGGCGACGUUGUCUAUGGCGUUGCUGACAAUUACCCCAGCGUUGAGGAGAGUCUCCAAACAUGGGUUGAAACUCAUGCGCGCGAUAUAUCUUUCGUGCUUGAUCACUUCGGAUUGGAAGACAGCCCAAAUGCAACGCGUGCAGUGAUCAUGGGCCACUCACUAGGUGGAGCAGUAGCCCAUACUGUGCUGCGAGACCGCCGGAUCCGAGGAGCUGUGAACCUCGACGGACCUAUCAGCGAGAGAGCACAGAAUGCGACCAUAGGAUGCGCUGGGCGCGAACAAGCUGUCGUGCUUUGGCAAAAAGAGUCUCUUGACGAUGCACCACUCCAGUUGGAAGGUUGGACGAGAUGGAAAGAGACCGUUGGGCGGUCGGCACAUGCGGACUUUUGGGCGCAUGUUAGACUGAAGUCUACGGAACAUUACGCAUUCCUCGACGCACCACUCUUAUUUGACCUAACGGGGUUGCGCGACAAAGAGGGUCUGCACAUUCCAAUUGUCAAAUUCUUUGGGACGAUUUCUGGAAAAAGAUAUAUGGAAGUGAUGGGUUCGUAUACGCAGACGUUUGUAGAAUACCUUUUCGGCAAAAACUCAAAUUUGGAUUUAGACAUAUAUGUCAACCCUCCAAACGAUUUUAGCGACGUGGAGGUGGUUUCUUAG